AUGUCUGUGUACAGCUCGCUGGGUGGAGACUCAUCCUCACUGUGGACUUUCAUCCUGUACUCAGCUUUGCUCGUCUGGACUCCCGUUCAAGUUAUUCCGACAUCCCGCGAUGGUACAGGAAGUCUUUCUAGAAGUCCAGAAGUCUUCAGCAGCCAACUCGGUGAGGUUCUGGUGAUCGGUUCAAAUCUUCCAGUCAUUGCUGCUCCGGGUAAUGAUGUCAUCCUGCCGUGCCACCUGGCGCCCACGUUCGAUGUCCAGGGUCUGACGGUGGAGUGGUCCAAACCCGACCUGAAGCCCGACCCGUCGGACCGGCUGAGCCGAGUGGAGUACGUUCACCUGUACAGGGACAGGAAGGAGGUCCCCGACAUGAAGAUGGCCUCGUACUUCAGGAGGACGGAGCUGUUCAUGGACGACAUGAAACACGGGAACAUUUCACUGAAGAUCCUGAACGUGUCGGAGGAAGACAACGGCAGAUACAGAUGCUUCAUCCCCAAGCUGCAGAGCCGAGUGAAAGCUGCUGUUGUUGAACUUGUAGUCGACCCAAACUAUGGGAAAAUCUCAUCGACAGAGACCCCACUGCAUCCCAGAAACUUCCAAACUCCAGAUCCUCAGGACACAACUCAGAGAAACGGUCGGUCCAGGGUCGCUGUGCUGAUCUCCAUCAUCAUCGUUUCUUUACUUGUAGUCGCUGCACUUGCUGCUUAUUUCUCUCGCCAUCACACAAAAGAAGCAUUCAGAGGACCAGGGGAUCCAAAGUCAUAACAAUUACUAGUGCUUUGCCCAAAGGUUCGUUGGUGUUAAUGGAGCGGAGAGCGUUGGAGG